GUUGUCUUUGUUGUCUUCUGUCUGGAUUAACUGUGUGUGUGUGUGUGUCAGGCUAGGCGGCUAGCUGUCCACUCUGUUUCCAUUCGAUUCGUCAUCGUACCAAUCUAAACAUAAGUCACUAACGUUAUACAUUCAUAUUUCAGUGCUUUCUCCGUUAGCACGAGUCUGUGUGGCCCCAGUCACUCCAGCAGCAUCUGUGGCUCAGACAGACAGACAGCAGCCGAGCUUAUUGUAAUUGUUAAGCGUUGUAGAAACUAUGCUUAGCCUCCGUUUCAGGCUCGAUACUGUCAGGAUAUAUUCAUCUAUGAAGCUCUGUGUUUUUUGCUUGCCUGGUCGGAGUGGUUGGUAGUUCGUUAGCAUCAGCAGCAGCUCAGCAGUCCUGUCCCAGUCGUACAUCUUCAAUUUGGUUUACUGUUGCCAUUUCUGGUGCACCAUACAUGUUCUGCUACAAGUAGCUGCGGUUGGUGCACCUGACAGCAUCAUUUAGUGCGAUAUGGGCUUCUUUAUUAGACAUUUGAGUUAUCCAGCCUUGGUGCAGGGGGAUUUUUUUUUUUGCUCCUCUUCAUGGCUGUCCUCUGAGGCCCCUGAAUUCAUGCAUGUCACUGCGCAGCUUUCUCUGUGGCAUCUGAAGGACUCUCACUUUUGUUUAUAAAAGCACAAAGAGCGUUUGUGGCUUAUUUUAAAGAAUCCUCGCCCUCAUCAGCCACAUUUCACAGGAGUUGCAGCUUCAGGUCCAGCUUUAUUAUUAUUAUUAUUAUUAUUAUUAUUAUUAUUAUCAUGAAAUGAGUUGUGAAUGAAUGAUGAAAAUGCAUUGCUUGGGUACAGUGUCAGUCUAUAACAUAAUAUCUAAUUCAUCGCACCACGCAGGAACAUAAUGAACUGUACAACCUAAUGCAGGCCAGUACAAAUGCCCUGCAGCAAACCAGGAAUGUUGUUGUUACAUUUUUUUACUGAGACUCUGACAGAGAGAUGGGAACACUAAAGAAGUCUUUGUAGCUGUGUUUUCUUAAAAAGUCUAUAUGAGUCUUGACUUUGCUCUCAACUGUCCUACAGUGGAAUACAAUGCCUUUAAAUGGCUCAAUGCAGUAGUUGGGUGUUUAUUUUUAUCAUGCUUUUCAGGCUUUGUGUAGAGCAAGUUUGAUUUCGAUGAAGAUACAACCACAUAGGGAUGUUGACAGACCAUUUAAAUCUCAAUGUUGUGAACAGUGUUGUCUCAGCAUGUGGAUGAGACGAGCAAUGCAUUUAUCUUCUUUAGUUGUGCUGCAUCACUUGCACAGAUGGCCACAGAGAUGGGGUCAGGACAAUGUUUUCCUAAAUCAGUUGCUGAAGUUGUAGCUCCAUGAAUUUGUUUUCUGAUUACAUCAUAUCAAGAAGUGCUGUUGGCUGUGGGUGAUAUCGCCAGGUGUGAAUAUAGUGCAUAAGCCUGCGUUUUCUCUUCGCAGUGUCCAUAACAUUAUUAAAACACAGUUGAUCAGUGGACAUCACUGCAGAUGUGCAACAUCCUUUGUGAUUAGUAACACACAUCUGCAAUAGCGAUAUGUCCCUAAACAUGUUGAUCAUUCCAUGUGGGAGCAAUCAAAUGUAAUGUUUCUGCUUUUAAAUGUUUUUAAAUCAUAUUUAUUGUUUGCAACCAUGUGAACACUGUUUGUGUGAGAUUUCCUAAAAAUACACAUCUGAUCUGCUGUAUUGGGUCAAAGCAUUAAUUGAUUAGCAUUAGCUUCAUAAAGCCUGAACUAUUACAAAUCCUUGGUGUAUUGAACUGGGAACCGUGUACACAACAGGAUACUUUCCUAUUUCACUCCAUUAAAACACUUGAACUGGUUCCUACAUGUAGCAUUAUCACAAUAUCUUGCUCAUGAUAACGGUGAUACUUGGGUAUGUGAUAUAUUGCAAAAAAGUAAUCUUACUAGAGUCUACUUUACAUCAAUGUAUGUGAAACAGACAGAGUAUAUACCUAAAAACUAUCAAUUUUCUUAAAAUCAGUAAUAUAUUAGAUGUAUUCAUCGCAUUAAAAACAGCCUUCAUGUUUAUUGACAGCUGGCUUUUGGCUGACAGAGGGUGUGGUAAGCAAUGUGCCAAAAUACACAUGGCGUCUUACCAGACGUAUUGUAUUGAGGAAGUAGCCUACAUUUCAGUAAUGCUGGAAUUCGGCAUGCUCUGGGAGACAUUACACCGCUGUGAAAACUCCUCCACCGCCACAUAAGAGUCUGUUUCUCUUGGGAUUUAUUUGUUGGUGAAAUCACACACAAAUACAGACAGAAAUUUCCCAAAGUCAUGAGUCAAGAAACAUAAGAUGGUGGAUAUCCUCUCUUGAGAUCACAGUUUCAGUUCUGUGUGAUUGAUGGGUUGUGUGAAAUCAACAAGAAGGCAAACACAUCAGUAUUGACUCGGCCAUACUACAUCUUUAAUCAGCAACCACGGGGUGUUCAUUUGUACUAACAAACAAAUGACUGUCAGUGACAGACUGUUUCGCCCCGGAUUGAAAACCUUGAAGUACUGUCGUGGGCAUAUUGUUUGUUUUUAGGUCUGUGUGCUGUGGAUUGAUUAUUGAAAUACUAGAAAAUAAUCUGUAAUCAACAUUUUGAUUGAGCAUUGGAUAUGCUCUGCUGUAAAUUGUUUUCUAAAGGGCGGAUGUUGAACAAUUCAGUGAAGACAGCGUAAGGAGAACUACAAUUAUCACAUAAGCUGCAUCAUGAUCACGUAAUCGUUUCCUUUCUUCCUUAUUCUUCAGGUUUUGUGACAUGCAGCGGAUAGACGCUUAGGAACGGAUGCGAGUGCACUUGCUGUUUGCCCUUUGAGGACGGACCUGCCACCAUGAAGAGUGAGGUGCAGUCAGAGGCCCCCAGCAUACAGGAGCACCUGAAGGAGCCACUGGUGAACCCAGAGCCCAUGGAGGCCGCCAAGAGCUUCCCGAACAACAUGGAGGUGAUUGGAAAGGCAGGCAGCGAAUUUGAGACCCUGUGUGAGUCCAGGCAUCGGCCCCUGAGGGACACAGAAACACACAGAGACUCGGAACGGACCCUCCCUGGGCGCAGAAAAAGAAAAGGUCAACAGGCAGGGCCGUCGGACUGCUCGCUGAAGGAGGGCCACAUCAGUGAGAGUUCACUGGCCCCUCAGCGUCCCAGGGUAGAACUUUUACAGCACCCCAGUGAGGAUGAACAUAAUCACGAGUCCUCUUUUAGUGACUGUGCUUCCUCCCCUUCCUCUAGCCUGCGAUUCGGGGACUCGGACACUCUCAGCUCAGAGGAGGAGGGGGAAGCUGGAGCGACGGGGGGCCAACACAAGGCUCCUGCCCUGACAACGGGAGGAGCCGCCGGAGUUGGCCUGCACCCUGUUCUGGGCCGAACUCGGGGGAAUCGCUCUCAUAAGUGGGUGCGGUCUGAAGCUGAGCCAGUGCUGCUGAAGCGGCCGUGUCUGAGCAGCCGGCGGCCCCUACAUAGGAAGCGCUUUGUGAAAACGGCUCCGGGAGGGGGUCAGCGGACUCAGAAGCAAAAGGAGCGACUACUGCUGCAGAGGAAGAAACGGGAAGUGAUCGCACGUAGGAAGUAUGCUCUACUCCAUAGCACCAGUAGUUCUAGCGAGGAGCUGAGUAGUGACUCUUCCUCCCCCACUUCUACUGAAGCAGAAGACGAGCUCUAUGUCGAUGUCAGCAGCACCAGCAGCCAGCCCAACAGUGCUACUUUAGCCACAGGUGCCCUGGAUGAGGAUGUUGUGGUGAUUGAGGCCACUCCAGCUCCAGCGCCUGUUGUACCUGCAAGCGAGGAGAUCAACGUCACCUCAACAGACAGUGAGGUGGAGAUCGUCACAGUCGGAGACGGUUUCAGGUCACGCUCAGUGGCCGGUCUUGGCAGGAUUUGGGCUAAUAGCUGCUCCCAGAAUCGACUCCAGGAGCCACGUGGACGUCACCGACUCUCCACCGUCAUCCAACCGCUGCGUCAGAAUGCUGGGGAGGUGGUAGAUCUCACUGUCGAUGAAGAUGAUCUCACAGUUGUGCCAACAACCUCUGGCAGCAUUCACCCUCAAACAAUCAGGUCAUCCUCUUCAUCAUCUUCCCAUCAUGCCUCUACCUCAGAGCUCCAUGAUGCCCCAGGCCCUUCCACUAGCUGCCCAGGCUCAAUACCUGAAAGUAUGCACACGCAGAGGCCAAGCGUCUCUGCUCGCACAGCCGCAGAGGACGACAGCAGACCAGGUUUGUCAGGCACAGCAGGAGAAAACGCAGGCACGGCCAUGCCCAGACUGCCAUCCUGCUGCCAGCAGCACUCCCCGUGUGGAGGGCCCUCCCCUGGUCACCUGUCGCUGAGCCACUCCCAUUCAAGCUGCUUGCAGGUGUCGUCCUCUCAGCAGACCGGUGGACCUCAGCACGGCCACGGUCACGGCCACAGCAACGCUCACCACUUCAUCCACCACGUCCAUCACCCAGCUCCACAGCCCCCGGGCACCCUGCCUUUUCAAGAGCCGAGCUGCCCCGUGGAGCGACCCAGUGCUCUGCCCGCAUCCUGUGCUGGGGUCAGCAGCAGCAGCAACAGUAGUAGUAGCAGCAACACAGCCCAUUACCAUGACCAGCAAACUCUGCCGGUGGACCUGAGCAACAGCGGUGUUCGGAGCGGUGGGAACAACGGGGCUAGUUUCCAUGGCAGCACCUCAGCCUUUGACCCGUGCUGCCCGGGCUCCACCUCACGGCCUCCUGCUUUCGUGUCCCAGGCCACCCCUGGGCCCAGCCAGCCAGCUGUGGUGGAAUCGUUCAGCGCCUCCAUGGUGGCUCAGCCCCAGCCACAAACACAGCCCCAGCCCUGCAGACAUUACAUGCACCCCUCCUAUGGCUCUCUAGCACGCUCACUGCAUCAUCAGCCCUCCUCCGCCUGUCCUCAUUCCCAUGGGAACCCCCAACUUACACCUCAGCCCCCCCCACAAGGCGAAUACGUUAUCCCCCACACUGUCACCUUUCAUCCGCCACUGCCAUCCCACCCUGCAGGCCACGCCGUGCCCCCUGCCCCUCCCCCGCCUCUGUCUACCCACCACCUCUCUAGUUCAAAUGCCCCACUGGCCCAGCAUCUGCCUACGGACCACCAGACCCUGCCGCACCAUAUGCCGGCGCUGGGGGCCUCGGUGCAGAGACUCCAUCAGCACGAGAUACUGCAGAGGAUGGAGGUCCAGAGGCGCAGGAUGAUGCAGCACCCAACACGAGCACAUGAGCGUCCGCCUCCACACCCCCACAGAAUGCACCCCAACUACGGCCAUGGACACCACAUCCAUGUGCCACAAACUAUGUCUUCCCACCCUCGCCAGCCUGAGCAGAGAACAGCUUGGGAGCUUGGCAUCGAGGCUGGAGUGACUGUGGCACCGUACCCUUCAGGGCACCUGCACUCCCACCUGCCCCACUACCACCCUCCCCCCAGACUGCACCACUUCCCCAUCCCCUUCAUGCACACCGGCAUAUCUGAAGUGACCUACCCGCACAUUCGGUACAUCUCAUCUAGAAUGACUGGCUUUGGAAGAACCUAUGAGGACCUGCUGCAUUUAGAGGAAAGAUUGGGGACUGUGAACCGAGGAGCCUCUCAGGGAACCAUAGAGAGGUGCACUUACCCACACAAGUACAAGAAGAAGGUGUUGGAGAGAGACAUUGACCAAGAGUUAACCCCUGAAGCUUGGGCAUCUAUUGGGAAAAAUAUGCUCGCAACCCCAGAAUCGAGAAAGCUGCUUAUUAAGCAAGACGAGGAUGAGGGGGCAGAUGAAGACACAGAAGAAAAAUGCACCAUCUGUCUGUCAAUACUGGAGGAGGGGGAGGACGUCAGACGCCUACCAUGUAUGCACCUUUUCCAUCAGCUGUGUGUGGAUCAGUGGCUCCUCACCAAUAAGAAGUGCCCCAUCUGCAGAGUGGACAUUGAGGCGCAGCUGUCUGCUGAGAGUUGAUGCUGUUUUUUUUUUCUAACCACCCGUUUUGUUGAAAAUUUAUUUUGAGAUCAUAUUAAUUUUCUCUUCAGUACUGCAGUCAACCAAAGAUGGCAUGAAUGACCUGCGCAGCUCUACUACGAGAAAAUUAAAUAAAACACCUGACAAAAAAGCAUCGCGCCCAGAGUGCCGGCUAUCACAUAUUACUACAACAGCUAGAAUUUUCCAUCAAGGGUUUAAGAUUUUAUUGUAUUUAUAAAGCUUUCAUGUAGCUUUUGAUUGUUUCCUCAAGUGUCAUUCUUUUCUUUUGUUUUUCUGCAUGUUUCCUUGCAAUGCAUUUCUUUGCACAUAUAACGUUGGCUUAUUACAGCCUAACAAUUCGCAGGUGAGGAUAGCUGCUCUAGUAAAGAUGCAUUUCUGUAAACCUAAUGCCUUGCUCUACUAGAAUGUCGCCCUCCAGUAAAAAAGGAAAAAAAAACACAUUGCAGGAUUCAUUUUACCAAUCAUUGUAUUGAUUAGUUUGUUUAGAAGAUGUGGAUUGUUAGUGAAAGAUGUUUUUUAAGUAAAUCAAGACAUUCCUACCUAGGGAAAUAUGUUAACAGAUCAGCUGCUGUAUUAGUGCACACCCAGUAUUUCUAGAGUGGAAAUAAACUCCAAUGUUCACCUCAUGUCCCAGAAUAUGCACAUGCUUUGCUAUGAUUACACACCUCCCUCCAGCACCUUCAUUUGACAUAAACACCAUUAUCACCGUCCUCUGUAUUUUUGAGAACAAGAAAAAGUGUCACAUCCCUCUCUUGACUGUUCUUUCUAAACCGAGCGAUUGUUGGGACCGGCUGUGAAUCUUUUCUUCAUUUUGUUGGGGGGGGGGGGUUCCUCCCUGCAGACGGGCCUGUGACGAUUAACUAGCUUUCUGUAAGAUGAUCUCAGGUCUACAUGUGUGCAAGACAUUUCACAUGAGCCUGCAACCUGGGAUCAUUUGGUCAAUUUGAUACCGGCAGUGGUGUUGACUUUAAGUGUGUGUGUGUGUGUGUGGGUGUGGGGAGGGAAAUGCACAGCUCAUUUUGGGAUAAAUAUUUACUGCUUGUUCUCGCACUUCAAACCAUUUUAUCCACCCUCCCUUUUGUCUCUCUGUAGUUGAGCAGCAGCGUCCUUUUUGGCUGCUGCUGAAAGAAAAACACUAAUACUGUUGAUUUAACUUACUCGCAUAGACUUGCACAAGAGAGAAAAAGGCAGGAGAAUAGUAGUGAAUAUGACUGAGGCCAUGUAUUUCCACUCUGAUGAAUAUUAAAAAAGGAAAGGAAAAAAAAAAAAAAAGAUAUUUUGAAUGGAGUGUUGAAAUGCAGUACUUAAAGCAGGUAUCCAUGCAUUCAUUGACUUAAAAGGCACCAGGAUCAUAUUCUGUGGGAUUUAUAUUAGUUUAAAAAAAAUAAUAUUAAUAAACUUGGAUAACUCUUAAUUGAGUCUUCUUCCUGGUCUCUUUGAAAAUCAUGUUUGAGUGAAUGUUGAGCUCUUGAUGAAACAUCUAUUUUAGGAAAUGUCAUGAGAGCACUUUGUCUUAAAAGAUCAUGAAUCAGAAUCGAAUGAGUUUAAAGAUAAAAAUCCUUAAACAUCUUGUUUAAAUAAGUGCUGUAAGUGAUCAGAUGCAGUAAGAGUUUUAAGCGUUGUACCCUGGGUAGAAAAAAAAAUACUAUUUUGUAGGAUAGAUUCUCUUUUCUGAGUUGUAUUUUUAAGAUUACACAAUGGCAGUUCCAAUUUUAGUUUACUUGUAUGUAUUUUGCUUAGUGUUAAAUGAUGAAUUUGGAUUUAAUGUGUAAAUGUAUUUGGCACAAAUGCAAUCCAGAUAUACAGGAUGGCAAACUACUCUAAGUGCAAGAUUUCACUAUGACAAUCCUUUUUCUUUUAAAUACUAGAAAGUAUGAAAUAUAAUAUGUAAGUUGUUAUAUGUUGGAGCCCCUUGUGGAGGUCACAUGCUACAGGUUUGAAACCAUCGCUGUCAGCCUUCUCUCGAAUACCAAAUUUAGUCAAACAGCUAAUUCUGUCUUCCAAUCAAAAUGUCAACCGAGUGAGUAACAUGACAGACAGAGAAGAGGCAACACAAAGAUUCAUCUGAAUACAUCUGAAUGAAUAGUAAUAAUUAAAAUAUAGUUAUGGUAAAAGAAAACCGUUUAAUUCAAUGUGUAGCAACCACUGAACGGAGGAGACUAAAAUAUUCAAGGAUUGUAUCAAAGAUGGCCCAUUGAGGUGAAAUAAAGGAGAUGUGUCCACAGUCCAGCUCUGAUGUUCAAAGAGAAUACAUAGAAAGAGUUGGCCUGACUGAGGAAUUCCAAUAAACCGUUGAGUUAAAAUGAAGAGACGAGAUCAAGUGCAGUACAUACUGCAGCCAUAUUCCAUAAACAUUUCUAAUCACAGAAAUGACUUAGAACCUUAAGGCUUCUCUGCAGGUCGUCACCCAAGAUAAAUAAUCCAGAGUGUUUCUGCAGAUGGACGUUUUUAACAGCAGACAGUUUCCUGGUAGAAGGAAAAGCACAGCUGUCAAAAGCAUUAACGGUGGCUCUGCAAGGCAGGUGGCCCCUCAUGAUGUUUACUUUGAUUACUUACACCUGUGUUUUUCCUACUGUGGUAUGUCAGAACGCCUUCCAGGAAAAAUACCGUUUGUGUUUUUUUUGUCAGUAAAAUGUCUUCAUCUUAUUCAAAGGUGUCGCAUAAAGUUACAUAACAAAUAUUCUGCCAUGAUUUUUGCCCCCAACAUUGUCAUGUCCUUUUUUUAUACCUGAAUUGCAGUUUACAAUAUAAAAUUCAAUUUACACUCAUUUUUGUUCUUUAAUUUGAAAAUGAGUCCAAAAAAAGCAUAAAUCAUAAAAAUACAGUUCAGAACGAUUGUUUCACUUGAACUUUAUUCUGGACAGAAAAGGUAGGAAUAGGUUUUUGACCAUGUAGGGAAACUCUGUGGCACUGCUUCUAAAUAAGCAAUUACAUUCACCAAAAACUAUAUAUAUAUAUAUAUAUCUGAACAGUUAAAUUAAUUUAUUAAGUGUGGAAAAAACAACUAAAUAGCAAAACAAAAAUAACAGACUAUUUAGUGGGGUCUGCUCUGUAGCGUAGCCUGAACUAAUGAUCUCCAUAUUUGGAAAUUGUUGGGCUGCAGACCGGAUGGCAGGUAAAUAUUUUAAAAUACAUAAACAUCUGCUUGAUCAUUGUUCAUUGAAUGUGUUCUCUGAUAAUAAAACAAAACAAAGCAUUUAAAAAUACAAUAUGACAUGCUUUAUUAAAAGACUCAUCCACUUUUUUUGUAUUGCACAAGGAUGUUUUCAACCAUCCAAGAUCAAACCAUAUUUGAUGAUGCAGAAGAUCUAUGACAGAAGUCCCAGGUGUUUUUGCUUUUACUGACGAGAGCAUAGUGUGGAUAUUUGAUGAAAAAAAAUACUCAGGAAUGUGUAAGUAAUGUAACAGCAGUGCAAAAGAUGUGCAGAAGCAAAAGGAAUUCUUUGUAGUGCCACCGAAAAAAACAAAUGUCUUUCACCAAAACCAACUUUUGCACGAACAAAAAUCCAUUCACCCUAAUAUGUCCUAACCAUUAUUAUCAAUCUGUAGCCGAAGCAGAAAUAAAGCAGACUCUAUCUAUCAAAAGCAGAGAAAAACUAAUAUCCUUCAAACAAAAUACAAAAAAACAUUCAUUUAAACCCUAACCAACGACAGGUGUACUCCUAAAAUAUGAACACAUAUACAAAAUCAGAUCUAAAAAUCAUUUCAUGUAAACAAAUGAUUCUCCUCAGUAACUGAGCUUAUUUCUUGCUUUACAACUUGUCCUUCAUAGACGUGACUUACCGGCUGUGGCAUGAACGAGUGACGAUGUCUGUGUCCAAGGUAGUACCUGUACCAAUAAAGUGCUAAUACACCACAGACAGCAUGCUCAGGUUACAGUAUACAUUGCCUCUACUCUGUGACCAAAAUAUACUGGUGUGAUAGAAAAACAAAAACAACAAAAGAAUAUGGUUCUCCAGGCGUUUCACCACAUUGCCUUCUAAAAGGUUUUUUUUCAGACCUAUUAAAUUUGUCAUAGCUUUGGUAUUUAUUAAUAUCAUUAAAAAUCACAGUGUGAUGAUUUACCGAAACGCCGUCCCCUGUAAGAAGUUACAGUUUUGCACCAAAAUAAAUAUUCCUGGUAAAGCAGCAGUCGCUCCAGUUUUGCCACUGAGGCGAUCACCUUUGAUUCAGCAAUUAAAACCUUCCUCUGAAAAUAAAAAUCACAAGCCUGGUCCCACAGAUUAAGCAUACUUCAUUCCAACGCUUCCAAAUUCUCAGCAAGAUAUAAAUGACAGUAAGAAGAAUACAGAAAGCUAUAAAUACAAUAAAUAGUUUUGUUCAGUACUGAAAGGGACUGUGGGGGAGAACAGACCCCAGGGUCAAACAGUCUUCUUGUCUUUAAAACAGAGCCUCAUUUCAAGCCCGACGGUCUUUUGGUCUGGUGGUGUAACCGAGAGAUACAUUCAUUCACUACAAGGCAGCAGUGGAGGAUGUGCGAGUCUCGCGGCGCUUCUCUCUCUCUGACUGUAAGCUCCAUCCCGUCCUCUGAGAGAGGGUCUGUGGGGAUGCAGCGGGCUCUCCUCCUCGAGCUGUAAACCGGCAGCUCCUAGAUCUUGGUGACAUAGUUGUUGGGGAAAAGUCCCUGCUUUCCACGAAGUCGUCCUAUCCACCACCCGGAUGCAUCUACCCAACAAACGUGACUAGAUUAGAGGCCCAUUUCAAGCUGAUAUCUGACGCAAACAUUCAAGUACAUUUCAAUAUCACGGAA